AUGGCUGCGCAACAGCCCAUCGCUACGGUAUACGUCCGUAAUCUAGAAGAGCGCGUCAAGCCAGAGUUGAUCAAGGAGGCGCUGAACGCCAUUUUCUCCGAGUAUGGCAACGUGAUCGACAUCGUGGCCAAGACGAACCUCAAGGCCAAAGGUCAGGCCUUUGUCGUGUUCGACAAGCCCGAGUCGGCGCUGGCCGCCAUUGAGGAUGUUCACGGCUUCGAGCUGUUUGAGAAGCCAAUGCAGGUCGCACUGGCUCGUACUCGCAGCGAUGCUACCGUGAUGCAGAACGGAAAUGAAGAGGAGUUUGACGCCCACAAACGCCGGCGUAUGGCUGAAAAAGACAAGAAGAAAGCACUCGAAACCGCCGAAGAACAAAAGCGCCUCAAACGACCCGUCCCCGGCGGUGCAGCCGCUGCCGAAGCCGGUGGACGUCCGGCCAAGAACGCCCGUGGUGCGGGCCUCAAAUCCACCGGUGCCGGCCCCGCUGCCGUUGUGCCCGACGAGUAUCUACCACCAAAUCGGAUUCUCUUCGUGCAGAACCUCCCCGACGAUUUCGACAAAGAGACGCUCACCGACAUCUUCGGGCGAUUCGAAGGGUUCCGCGAAGUGCGGACGGUGCCGGGCCGCAGCGGGAUUGCCUUUGUGGAGUACGAGGCGGAGGCCGGGGCGAUCACAGCGAAGGAGAACACUGCGGGGAUGCCGCUCAAGAAUGGCGAGAAGAUGAUGAAGGUGACGUACCAGAGGCAGUAA